AGGCAUGUUGCGUUCAAUAUAUCGAAAGGUCACGUCGGGCGGCGGCGACGAGGUCCUCAAAGCGCGUUCCGAUGGAUUCUACACGGCGAAAGCCAUAGACGCUCUUUUUCCCAAGACGACGGCCGAAGUGGACGGAGAGGAAUGCCUACAUGACUGUGAAGGAUGCUCGAUCAAGUAUCCCAAGAAAUGGUCGAUUGAUGAAGAGGACAAGCUAUAUGGCGGUAUCAAUGGGUUUUCACGGCAUCUCAUCGUGGCGACAGGCGAGACGGACUGGGUCCGAGCAGUGGAAGAUGUCCCAGGCAGCGUGAUGGAGGCCGUGGGCAACCACAUUGACAAGGUUGACGGUAAGCUGAUGCUGAGCGCCAGCAACAUACCACCACCGACUAUUGCUGGCGACCAUAUUGGACCCUAUGGAGUUGACAGACCAACGACUGUGUUGCUCAUGCCCUCAUUCACCUGGAUCGAGAAUGUCACACCAAAGCAGGUACCUCAACUCAUACAGAGUGUCAUCAACACAGCACCUACUACGACGACCCCUCUCGACCUCGAGCCCGAACGUGGUAGCAGUGAAGAGAAGGAGAUGAAUGGCAAUGGCGAUGUACCACACACCCCUCUACCUCGUGCACCCACAGACUUGCCACCUGGCAUCUCGCUACGGGCCUGCCCACACAAAUAUGUCAUCCUUCUCUGCUCACAUGCGACAAGAGAUGCCCGCUGCGGCCAGUCUGCACCUCUUCUGCGGAAAGAACUCGAGCGACACCUCCGCCCUCUGGGUCUCUACCGAGAUCUCCACGAUGAACGACCCGGAGGCGUGGGCAUCUACUUCAUCAAUCACGUCGGAGGCCACAAGUACAGUGCCAACAUGAUGAUAUACCGUCGCGCAGAACCCAGCAGAACCGUUCCAGAGCAGAUUGCCGGGGUUUCCAAGAUGGAGGAAGGUGAAGCGGCACAGUGCAUUUGGCUGGCGCGAAUCAGACCUGAGGACUGUGAGAACGUGGUGCGGUAUACGGUGAUGCAAGGCAAAGUCGUGAAGCCAGAACGCCAAUUACGAGGUGGCUUUGAUCGUGAAAAGGGUCUGGUGAGCUGGUAGCAGAGCCCUGGCCAUUCGCAUGCAUACAUCAUCGGAGGACAACUUUUGCGAAAAGCAGUUUGCCAUUAGAUCGAAGAUGCCAACAUGCGCGAGCAUUAAACCUAGAAGAUGCAUCUCAUGCAAGCAAGCAAUAUACAUAAUGUCCUUCACCUCGAUCCCGCCAAUACUUGUAGGAGGAAAUUCCGAUCUCUAUCUCAAACCGGCAGACACCUGACAUGUAAUGUACCUACCUCGAUCCGAUGCCUGUCAUUACCGUUUGACACACAACUGGAAAUCUGCGAUGAUGAUGACGAUGAUCAACGAUGAACAAUGUCGUCGUCGGACAUGUUUCGAAACAACAAAAAGCACAUAUACAUGUAAAACGCCC